AUAAACAAGUGCAUUUCGAUCAGUGUAGUGAUCAAGUAAAAUUGUGACAUUGAGGUUUUUGGAUCGUAUGCAAACAAAACCUUGCAGUAAUACUGAUGAUUGUGGUCUAGAAUGAUUUGCAAUGAGAGAGGGGGUUGGCAUAUCAAAUCAUACUUGCCCGUACUGGGUACAAGGUGACCAUAUUGUGAGGAGCUCAGCAUAAGGUGUGUGCUGCAGUAGUCCCAGAAUUGGCUACGUCACAGUUUCCACCAGCAUUUGUGGCAGUCACCGCACUCAAAGAAAGUACCCCGAGCAUUAAUCUUGCCGUCAAUCCUAACCCCUGGAAGUGCAUCCUUUUGCUUCGAAUCUUACUGUACCUGCAGCAGGGUCUCGAACCAUUCGUCCAACCUGUGUUGCUUGCCAUCCCCAGUGGGCUGUCGUUCCAGUUAUCUUGCAGGCCGCGGUAUUACCCCAUUCACUUUUUUUAAAGCGGCAAAAUAUUGAAGAUGUGUCCAAUUCAUCAACGUCCAGAUGCUCAAGAUGACUUACAAAACCAAGGGCUGAAAUGAAUGUAAGCGCCGAGAAUAACAGAUUCUUCUACUAAACAUGAGUCCGAGUUGUUCCUGUGCGCAAGGUCACACUUGUCUGCACCUCAGGCUUAAAUGAUCACUACAUUUCCAGAGUCUACUCUGAAGCCUCCUGUAGACGAUGUUUCUCCUUUGAAGAGGAUUAUGUUCCUCUGCUUAAUUCAGUUGCAAGCUAGAACGCCGCUAGAUAAUUUUGGUAUGGUAGAUCGGUACAGUCGUGCGUAGCCAACUUCACGAGAAAGUUGUCUGUGUCCUUCAAAUGUUUAUUACUUCAUGGUUCCUGCAGCAAUAACUGUUUCCAGGUAUACCUGGAAAGUGUCACAAUGGAGUUGACGAGGAGCAGAUUGUGUUUACUUGUCUCGUUGUUAGCAUGGGCAUCUUGCUUUCAAGGUGCCACUUCAGAACUUGAUGCCGCUAUUUCACAAUGUCAAGAACUAGCGCCAUCUCCACCACUCGCCAAGUUCGUGGACGAAUUGCCUAGACUCAAAGAUAUACGCGUGUGGGUUGACCAACAAAUCAUUGUUGGUGCAUUCAAAAUCCAACAGAAAUUACACAGAGAUCUUCCUCCAACAACUUUGUAUGCAUAUGGGACAACCUACGAAUCAGCUUCAUAUCCUGGUCCAACGAUUGAAGUCAUAGAGAAUGUUGUGUCGCACAUUCGAUGGGAGAACCACAUUACUGAUAGCCAGCAUAUGCUAGCUCUUGACAAGAGUAUAAUGUGGGCGAACCCUCGUUCGGGCGGUGUUCCCACGGUCACUCAUGUUCAUGGAGCAGAGGCGCACAGCACCUCCGACGGGCACCCAGACGCAUGGUUCACAGCGGCUGGCGAUCACGGCAAUGCUUACACGACACAGAACGGCACCUAUCCGAACGCACAGCCACCAACCAUGCUAUGGUACCACGAUCACACUUUCGGGAUCUCAAGGGUGAAUGUCCUGGCUGGUUUGGCGGGGCUGUACAUUAUAAGAUCCAACGAAGACUCACCAGAUUGGAUGCCGAAGGAGAAAUUCGAAAUUCAGCUUGUUUUGCAGGACAAACAAUUCUUCUAUAAUGGCUCUAUCAAUUUUCCAAACGUAGGCAACUCUCCUACGAACCAUGCGCAGUGGUGUCCAGAGUACUUCGGCGACACAAUUCUUGUCAACGGCAAAGCCUGGCCAUAUCUACAAGUGAAACCUCAAAUGUACCGGUUCCGUGUAUUGAAUGCCGCCAACGCCCGUGUCUUCGAGCUAUCAAUGGAGAACGCAAACCUCUCCUUCGUGCAAAUUGGCACCGAUCAAGGGCUGCUGGAGAAACCUCAAAGUUUGAAGAUUCUCACUGUUGCACCAGCGGAGAGAGUGGACUUAAUUGUUGACUUCUCCACAGUCCCAGGUUCCGAGGUCUUUCUGAACAAUUCCGGCCAAGCACCUUACCCUGAAGGCGAUGCAGCAUUCAGCCCCGAGAGUACCCGCAGUGUGAUGAAAUUCAUCGUUUCCAAUGACGUAAAUCAAAACGCCUCUAUCACAACCCAGACGUUGAGCAUGAUUCCUGCCGUCCUAAAAGAGCCAGAAGCCCUAAUCAACACAACAAACGCUCAAUGGAGAAGUUACUUUAUGUUCGAGAUGGACGACCCCAACGGCAAUCCCCUGAGCUCUCUCCUCUCCAACCUCACAUGGAAUGAUCCCGCCACCGAGACACCGACCAAGGGCGCCACCGAGGUAUGGGAAUUCAUCAACCUUACCCCCGACGCACAUCCCAUGCACAUUCACCUCAUCAAAUUCCACCUCCUCAACCAGCAAGAGUUUAAUCUAAAACUCUGGGAAGAAGGCGGGUGCGACUUGUUCAACGAUGCAUCCCGCUGCCUCGUCGGAGAGCCGACACCAGGGCUCCUAAACCAAGUCGGCCCGAAAGACACCAUCCUUGCGAUGCCAAAUAAGGUCACUCGAUUGGUAAUGCAAUGGACUGCUCAGAAUGGAGGCGACUUCCCCUUCGAUCCCACUACAGGCCCUGGUUAUCUAUGGCACUGCCAUAUCCUCGACCACGAAGACAACGAUAUGAUGCGGCCCAUCAAGAUCACCAGGCAAGCUCAUCUCUUCGCCUCGCUCUCGAAUCUUCCCGCCAGUCCUGCACCGGGUCGAAGCCGAGCUUCACCAAUCCAGCAACUCCCUUCUCCACCAGCCAUCCUCGCAAUUGCCAUUGCCCAUGCGACGGUGGCGAUCUUCACCGCCAUGACGUAAAUCUCGCUUGCACUCUGGGACGACGACGACGACGCCGAAAACAAGUUUAGGGCCUUGAUUUGAUUGGCUUUGCGUAGAUGGAUGAACUUUCCGGAGCAGUAAAUGACGGAUGAUGUGGUUCAUUCAUCCAUAAUUCACGAUUUCUUAUCAGCCCGUUCUUCUAGGAACUUCCGAAUACGAGUUCAAAUGGACUCAGCUUAUUGCAUGAAGUGACUUUACCAGCCAAAGCUUAUCAACAGCUUAGGUGAAGAAGCCUCAAUUACUGGAGUUUAGGGUUUAAGGGUUGGUGACGAGUUAUGCUCUGUAAGCUAUGCGGAGUUAUAUAAUAGUUGUAGACUUCUUAAGUUUAGGGGCCAUUAAUCCCUCUUGACUGAGUGUGUUAUGGAGCAAAGCUAAUAUACACACCCUUUGUUCUUUUCAUGAGUUCUGAUGCUGUCAAUCUUAUAUUUUACUUUAUUUUA